UCAAAAAAGAGUUUUGUGAUGAUAGAUGAUUACCGAUCAAGAUCGACUAAAUUAUUAUACAAGAGCACGUAGCGGUAAAAUAAUUACAGUUUAGAAAUGAUCGGAUCAGAUGCAGAAAUAUUUCCUAAUAUUUGCACAGAAUAUAACGAUACAUUCACGAAUAAAUCCGAAGAUGAUGUUUGUAAAGAAAAGAAGUCUGUUUAUUCUGUAGCUGUAGAGGGAAAUAUUGGCUGUGGAAAAUCUACAUUUUUGAAUUAUUUUAAAAAGUUUCUAAAUGUUGAAGUUUUAGUUGAACCAGUUGAAAAAUGGAAAUGUAUAAGAGGUUUUAAUAGUUUGGAUCUGAUGUAUAAAGAUGCCACCAGAUGGAGUUCAGCGUUUCAAUCAUACGUCACAUUAACCAUGUUACAGAAUCAUCAUUCAUUAAAGGAUGAUAUGAAAGUUAGAAUGACAGAAAGAUCUGUUUAUAGUGCUAGAUAUUGUUUUAUUGAAAAUCUUCAUCAAAGUAAAUUAAUGCCAGAAGUAGAUUAUGCUAUGUUAUGUGAAUGGCAUGAUUGGAUUAAAACUAAUGCAGAAGCACAAUUAGAUCUUAUAGUUUAUUUAAAAGCCAGUCCAGAAACAUGUUUACAAAGAAUAGAAGAACGAAAUCGUAAUGAAGAAAAAGGAGUACCUCUAGACUAUUUGAAGACACUACACAGACUACAUGAAGACUGGUUAAUCAAGAAAUCACAUGGAAAACUACCUUGUAAAGUAUUGGAAAUAGAUACAGAAGGUAGUAAAGAAAUGGUUUUAGAAAAAAUUAAACUAUUUGAGUCAACAAUAUUAUGUGAUGUGACACCUCAAAUUUCAUGAUAUUUAAUUAACUUUUAAUUGUAAAUAGAUUUUAACAUAUUAUUAAUAUCUAAAAUAUUUUUUAUUGUAUACACAUUUUAAUCAAAUGUAAUA